CGUCAUGUCUCGUAGUGAGGACAGGCGGACGGCCUGGCUGCGGUCCUCGGCUACCAGCAGCCGGGAAGCUCCGGUGCAAGCUUCUUUGCCGCAAAGCUCCAGCUCAUCGUCCAGCAAGGACAACGUCCUUCUGUGGGAGAGUGUCUCCUCGUCUCUGGACAGCCUAGCUGGCUCCCGGAAGACUUUGCGGAGAUUUAGGAGCAUCGCACCAGUCCACGUGGCCGGCCAUCACAUUGAUUUGACCACGUUGGCAUCCGGCAGCGAAUCUCGACUCAGGCCGCAGGCGACCCGCCAGCGCAGGGAGGCCUGCUCAGCCGUUGUCCGAGGUCCGUGUUCCGCGCAGCCGAAGCUGUCUCGGAGCCAGCCGAGGCCGCGGCCCCAGAAGGAGCCGAAGCCGAAGGCGGCCGAUGGCGAAGCCUCGGGAGGCCGACGGCCCGUGCCGCAGGGUUGCCACAGAGAGAAGCCGGCCGCCGUCUCACGGGGCGACUGCUCGUCGACCGACAAAUGUCAGCGAGAGUGCGCAGGCGCGCCCAGCGCGUCCACGAGCUCCGGAUUCAUGGUGUCCGUGAAGACCGCAAUGGCGAGGACAGGCGUGGGCGUGGCCAAGCUGUGCCGGUUCCUGUGAGGCAAUAUGCACGCACCGCCCGCUGACAUUUUUCGUUUCAUUUUCAAAUUGCCCCGCAGCCAUUACAUUCGC